AUGCACGACCACCUACCAAGGCACGGCAAGACACGAGCACAACACACAGAAGGUAACCCCCUAUGGCGGGCCUGCUGCCUACAGACCUACUUUACGGCAAAGGGUAGGAUUGACUACUUUAUCGUUCAGGACCAGCAGGAACGCCAAGGGGUACCAUUAUCGUUAUCGGUAGAGGAAGACGCCCUAUUCGCCACGUUAAAGCAGGAUAUACAGCAAGCAACAAGGGACCUGGACGAAAAGGCAGCUACCGUACCGGAUACCGACGAGACGGCUAGAACGGAGCGGCAGCCGUGGCUUGUUAUGACGGGUUUCCCCGACCACCUACGGGGGCUACAGGAUUCAGAGAUCCAAUCGUCGUAUACACUACCUGGGAAGAAGAAAUAUAACAGUAGUAGUGAUAACGAAGAAGACUGGCUACUGCUACAGAUUUUGGAAGCAGCAGAAGAGGUACUUCGCGAUGCUUAUUCUGUCUGUAGCUACCGGGGCCUGGGUCAGAAGAUUACACAGCAACGGGCCACUAUCCUCAGUAACUUUACAGCCGGCCAGCCGGCCGCCCGGGGCAAUACUAUUGCGUUCCGUAGCUUUAAGAACCAGUCUACGUUAUCGACCUACUUCCGGAGGAUGAAGCAGCUACUUGUCUACUACUUUCGCGUUGUGUAUAGCGAGGACGGCCACUUUACAAGGGUAGGCAGCCAGGAAGAGGGUGGCCAGGUAUUGCCAAAGGAUAUAAUCCAGCCAACGCAAGCCCAGCAGGAAGCAAUAUUGGAUGUUAUUACAGCUAUAUACGAUCAACAGGAAAACAGCAACAGCAACAGCAACAGCAACAGCAACAGCAACAGCAACGGCAACAGCAACGGUAACGGCAACAGCAACAGCAACGGUAACAGUAACGGCAGCAGCAACGGCAACGGCAACAGCAACGGUAACGGCAACAGCAACAGCAACGGCAACAGCAACGGCAACAGCAACGGCAACAGCAACGGUAACGGCAAUAGCAACAGCAACAGCAACGGCAACAGCAACGGUAACAGCAACGGUAACGGCAACAGCAAUAGCAACGGCAACAGCAACGGCAACAGCAACGGCAACAGCAACGGUAACGGCAACAGCAACGGCAACGGCAACAGUAAUAGCAACGGUAAAGACAAUACUAUAGUUAAGAAGGCUAUACGAAGGCUAUAUAUUGCAUUAAUCUAUCAGGAAAUCGGAAGCGUACCCUUUGCAUCCCCACUCCUAAGUUUCUGUGCUAUGCUUAGCCGGAUAUCAAUCCAAAAGAAUGGAUUAACUAGGGACGGCCUAGGGGAUACAAGGGUAUCAAUUUGGGCAGAUCCAGGUAACUAUAAUAGUAACCUUUCUGCCCUUAUCUGGUGUGCACAACUACUUGUCUUUAAUUUUGUUUGCUUUCAGAAGCAGGAUAACGAAAAUGGGAUCCCAGCCCUACUGCAAAAGCUCUGUCGACGUAUGAUCCAUGCGGCAGCCGAGACCCCUAUUGGUUAUAUGCUUCAAUGGCGGGUAUACCUCUUUGCUAUACGCACAUCGGCUUUUUCACGCAGCCAGGCCCGCUGGCUACUUAACGGCCAGGCCUUUGACUACCAAGGCAUAAGGCUAAGUCUCGACCAAGUCUCCCAACUUAUCGUCUCAGAAUACCAACAGGCAUAUACAAUACUAUACAACGACCUACUACUUGGAUCGAGGGAUAUAGUACCUAUUGAGUCGUGGAAGCUAUAUGACGACCUUGACGUUGAGGACUAUGGGAGUGACUGGCGUACCGAUAAUCGGAACGCCGAGGUACUGAGCGGUACUGAGCAGGUCCUACUGCAGUAUAUCUUCCAGAACCCAUCCCAACGACGGGCAUUUAUACAAGAUAACCCUAGUGGUUCCGGAAGUUCAAUUUGUCCCCGUGCUAUUGCAAAUUAUGAGGCACAAGUACAGCUAUUCCUUCAACGGAUGCUUGUUCUUAUGCAUAUCUCACCAUGUCCUCCCUUACGGGCCCCUGAGAUACUAUCUAUAACGUAUACUAAUACGGAUCGGCGCCGAAGUAUUCUACUAUGGGAAAAUACUGUUAUGCUCUAUGUACGGUACCAUAAGAGUCUUGAGCAAACUGGUGCACAAAAGGAUAAUAUCCGCUUUUUACCCCAGCCUAUAGGCAAUCUACUUCUUACCUAUCUUGCUAUUGUACAGCCGUUACGACAGGUAUUCCUUCGUCAACAAAGCCCUAAUGCAUUACUAUCCCCUUUUUUGUGGUCUAAUCUUAAGGGGCAGGUUUGGAGAGAUACUACUGUUUCCCGGUGCCUACAGAAAGCGUGUACCCAGGCCGAGAUUCCUUCCUUCCAGGUUGCCUGGUGGCGCCAGGCUGCAGCAUCUAUUACAAAGGAGAAAUUCAGUCCCAAGGAUCAGGAAAACUUUGAUCUACAAGAUAUUACAGCAGCAGAGGUAGAAGACGAAGCCGACCUAAUUGUUAUGGCCGAGGCUAGUAACCACAGCUAUCGGACUUUCAACCAGUCUUAUGCCGGCAGUACGACCCUAGUUAUGAGUACACUACUUGGCCGUGCAUACCGUGCGUCGCAGAGUUGGCAGUCCCUUUUUGGUAUCGACAAACAACUUAGACUUUUACAGUUACAGCAGCAAAGGAAGCGACCACAAUCUAUAUCAGAAGCAACAGGGCUACAACUAUUGCACAAGAAGACUAGGUACCGUACAAGGCCAAUAGCCGACGAGGCUAGUAUUCUAUUGGUAGCCCGUCGUCUACGGAACGACCCGUCCCUCCAGCUACGCCCCGGGCAACGGGAAGGACUUCUUGCAGUAGUAGGUCCACGAGCAGCCGAGCAGGCUAUAGUUGUACUUGGUACAGGAUGUGGGAAAACACUUAUUGUUACUGUUGCUGCUUCCCUAGAUGGAGCUGGAACAACAGUCCUUAUUUUACCUACAGUGGCACUACGAAACGAUAUAUGUACCUACCUUAAUACUAUUGGCCUCCGGUACGUUAUCUGGCUACAAGGGACAACAAAGACAGCGCCUCUUGUACUUAUUUCUGCCGAGGCUGCUACAACAGAGGGCUUCCUGGAAUACGUUAGCCGGCUGGAAACCCGUCAGCAGCUAGACCGGAUUGUUAUUGACGAAUGUCACUUAACAAUUACGGCUAGUAACUACAGAAGAUCGAUGGUCCAGCUUGGCUGGUUUGUACGGAAUAUUGCAACACAAACAGUCUGGUUAACGGCAACCCUACCGCCAUGUUUCCUUCAGACAUUUAUUCAGCACAAUAAGCUUGUGCAACCACGGGUUAUCCGGGCAUCAACAGACCGGCCAAAUAUACAGUAUAUCGUUUUACGCCAAAACAAACGGGGUUCCCUACAGUCCUGGGCGGCUAAUCUAAUACAGUACUGCUGUACGGAGGAAUUCUUUAAUAGCAGUCGCGACCGGAUUAUUGUAUACUGCCAGACAAAGGACCAGGUCUCCGAGGUAGCCGGAUUAUUAGGGUGCCAAGAGUUUACAGGGGAUUCGGGUACAGUAGACGAAAAGGCUGCUAUAAUCGAGCGUUGGCUAUACCCAGGUACGACUACUGGUACGACUGCUGGUGCGACUACUGGUACGACUACUGGUACGACUACUGGUACGACUGCUGGUACGACUACUGGUACGACUACUGGUACGACUACUGGUACGACUACUGGUACGGCUACGGCUGCUACUAUUGCUGCAGCAACUACAAUUGUUGCUACCUCAGCAUUAGGCGUUGGAUUUAACUACCCAUACGUACGCUAUGUUUUCCACGUUGGUGCCCCGCGCCGUAUGACGGACUUUUCGCAAGAGUCAGGCCGGGCCGGGCGAGGCGGUCAAGCAGCAAAGUCUAUUACGCUUAUAAGUGCAGUAUGGGAACCCCCAACCUUGGAGGCAGAUGGGGUAGAGGGGGAAGACGAAAAGGCAAUUCAGCUAUACCUCUUACAGCUAUACUGCUCUCGUGGCGUUAUAAGCCAGUUCCUUGACGAAAAGCAGUACUGGAAGUGGUGUAUGCAAGGGGACGAGCUCUGUAGCGUCUGCCCAUAUCAUCAGACCGAACGCCGACCAGAGAGUACAGUAUUCUCCCUACCGUUACGGCAGCCCCAGCAGCAGCUCCAGCAGCAGCCCCAACUUCCUACCCCCCCUACUACUACUAAUACCUCUACUAUUACUACUAGUACUAGUACUAGUACAAUGCAGUAUACCGGUCCUGCAGAGGUCUUGCGUCAAGACCGGAUAUCGGAAGCAGAGCUCAACCAGUACGAAAGAGACCUUGAGGCAAUGCUUAGCUGCUGUCUGUACUGUCGGAUAAGUAAGCGUAACUUCGAGCAUUAUAGGGCGGGCUGUAUACAGCGUUGGGAUUGGAUUAAUGCAAAGAGGCAAUUCCAAGAAGAGCAUAAAGGCAAGAAGUGGAUCCAGAAGUAUCUGGUCUGCUGGCGUUGCUACCAACCGCAGUCUAUUUGCCCUAGAGCCGACCCUACAGCUACUGUAGAAGGACAAGGGCUAGAGGAGUGUCGGUACCGCGAUAUGGUCCUCCCGGCCUGCUACGGUGUGUGGAAAAGCGCUAGGCGCGAUGCUUGGCUAUUACAGUAUUUCGGUAAGGUUUUUAAUACGGAGUAUGACUAUUGGAUUUGGCUAGGAAAGACAGCAAGUAUUGGGGGGCGACCCUGUAUUGAAGCAAAUCAUAUUGCGGCUAGGGUACUAUUGGAGUUUGCUUAG